AUGAGCGAUUUUGUACAUUCGAAAGAUAUUCCUAAAAAGUACUACCGGUACUUUUUGCAAGGGUUAGCAUAUUACACCUGCCACUUGAACAAAGCAUGCACGCUAGCUGAUCUACAGGCUUACGUCUUUCUGAAGGAUUUACAGCAACUGUCCGCAGCAGAUUUAAGAUUUUUAACGAAUGAAGUAAUGGAGAAGCUGGUUUCCGUGGGAAUAGCAAACAAUCAAAAUGGAUAUUAUAGGUUGCAUGAAUUGUUACGCUAUGCACACGGUGCGUCAUCGAAACAGGUGAAAACCAUCGAUCAUACACGCGAUUCGGAGCUGAGCAGUGGAUCGGGUUUGAGAAAGGCGGUCAAUUUUUCUAACACCGUUACAAUGUGGCCCGGCGAUACGUCUGAAGGUGUAGCUACGAUUGCCGGGGCAGUGAGCAACCCGAUGGAUGUACUUAGUGUAUCUAUUUCUACUGAUGAGCAAGAGGACAUCGAGUGCCCAAUAAACGAACCGGACGCGGAGAAUCAAUCCGACAACGAUAAGAAUGACGAGGACAAUCCAGGAGGAAAGGAAGAAACGAACCGGAACGCUUCGGAAAGCAAAACUAGCCCAGAAACAGAAAAUGAAUCGGACUCGAGUCGUACGAUAAUCUCCGAUGAUGAUGCCGAUGAUGAAGAUUCAUCAACCAUUCCGCACAAACCAAUGAAACAAAAGCCGGACAAAGAGCCAAACAACCCGGAAAGCGAGGGAGACACGCAACAGCAGCAAUGA